AGGCAUCACUGAUGGGCACUGAAAGGCAGCACUCAUAUAUGGCACUGAUAGGUGGCACUGAAGGGCAAUGAUAGGCAGCACUGACUGGCACUGAUAGGCGGCACUAACUGACACUGAUAGGUGGCACUGAAAGGCAGCUCUGAUAUGUGGCAUUGAUGUGCACUGAUGGGCACUGGUAUGUGGGCACAGAGAGGUGGCACUGAUGGAGAUACACUGAUCAUCAGGGCACUGAUCAUCACUAUCAGCGGGAGGAGAGGACUGCCGAUAACCGGAAUUUCCUAUUUCUAUGUGAUCAGCUGUGAUUGG